AUGAGUGAAAACAAUGUAAACUCCAUCCAAAUUCACCACAACGAGAUGGCCCUGACCUCCGAUAUUCAAACCAGCGUUCCUCUCGCCUCCGAGGACCUCGAAAGUAUCUUGGAAAAAGCUAACGAACGUCUCCUACGCCAUCGAGAGUGGCUGAGCAAACUGCCUCGCGAUCCUGUUCAACAGAUUUUAUCCACAACCACUACAUCUGCCAAAAGUCUCAUUACUCAACCGCCCGCCCUCUUACCCCGCCAAAAUCCAUUGACAGGAUGUAAUGAUAUAUCGAGUACUGCCUUCAAUGCUGGGGCUAAUUCGGCAUCAAGUGUGCUAUCAAUAUCUCUAGCUAGUGCCGCUUCUUCGGCAUCUGUCACGAUUGUGUCGCUCAACGAUGCCAUUACCAGUAUCCAGUCAUCUGCUUCCCUAGCCCUGAGUUCGGCUACAAGCUCAAUGUUGUCUGCACAGAUAAGUAUGGAUAACGUCAUUUCCAUGAGCGAAAGAAAUGCAUCAAUUAUUGUAUCCAGUGCGGCAGAUAUGGUAGCAAGUGCAAAUGCCGCUGCAAAUGAGGCAAAAAUAAAUGCUUCCGCUGCAAUACAGCGAGCAGAGGCAAGCAUAGUCUCAAUCAAAGAGUCGGCCGAGGCCAGUAUUAUUGCAUCUCAAACUGCUGCCAUGAACACUACGAAGUUUGCCUUAUCGCUCACAUUUUCAAUUCUAGCCUCUUCAAUUUUAACGAUAAUCUUAUUUUACACCAUCAUACGCCUCCGAAAGCGUAGGAGAGAACAGCGACAGGCCGAAUUGAAGGAAAAAAUUCAUCUCAGAAAUAUAACCCCUUCGCCCAUGCCACCUAUUCCCCCGAUAGCACCCCUGAACCUCUCGGAGAUCAGAAUCUCGAGGCAACCUGAACAGCAGCCAAACCAAAAAUCGGGCUAUAAUUGGGAAUCCAGUGAGCGGAGUGAUCCUAAUAAUUCGAAUGGAAAUAGACCUGAAUUGACUCCCCUUGGUAGGAACGGGACGCUAGGGUAUCAGCGCCAAAGUAAUGAUGAUAGAAGAAUGUAUUCCUUUCAACAAAAUAGCAGCGAAGUGGGAAUCACUCGUUCUAUUACGCAUUCUAGUAUUGAUGAAACUCCUGCACAAGGCAGCCACGAAAAUCUGAGUCUCAGGGAUAGGUCAAACACAUUUGGAGACUUUGCGUCUCUUAUUCCUAGUCCCCUUCCAAUCCAAAAACCAAUGUCGAUCCUAAAUGAUUCGUCUACUCAUAAUGGGUCGUCAAUUCAGCUUAUGCCGUCAAUUCGUAGGCCAACACAAAGCCGGAAACCUACACUACAAUAUGAUCCGGACAGACCUGAAGACCCCCCGACGUGGCUGGAUAAUGAGACAGACGAAGAAAGUGUCGUCGAACUGUGUGCUCUUCCCUUAAAAAGCCCAAAUAGACUCAUCUCGAAAGAGACAACAGGGGCGCCUGUAAAUGUCAUUGGUGCCGCUAUAUAA